CUCAACAGGAGCAGGAGCUGAGUUGCACACACACAGCAGCAGACAGAGAAAGCACACAGACCUCAACUUUCACUCUAAGCUUCACACAAGCCCUCCACUGCACACAAACAGACAGCAGCAAAAGUGAAAGAAGAACGAGCACUCAACAGGAGCUGAGCUGUACACUCAGAACGGCAGACAGAGAAAGGCACACGGACCAUCACACAAGAUUCAAAUAUGGGAUCCAGUCCAACCAAACCUGAAUUUGUCACAGUUCUGGCUGAAAAAGAUGUUGAAAUUGGAGAUCGUGUAAUUCUUCGAUGUGAGGCAAACACAGAAGAUGUAACAGCAUCAUGGGAAAAGGACGGCUACAAAUUGGCUUGUGUGGAGGGCAAGCAUGUUGUGAAAAAAAUUGGUGCAAAAUGUGUCUUGGAAAUUGUAAAUGCUCAGGCCGCUGAUGAAGGGAAUUACACCAUAAAGCUAAGCAACACUGGAGGUUCUGCAUCAUGCUCUGCCCUUGUCAGAGUCAAAAUUAAAGAAUGGAGGACAGUACAAUGGAGUCAAGACAAAAAGUUGAAUUCCCUCAAGACAUUUAAAGUUUGUAAUGAAGUCCAAAAGCUCCACUUCCUCCUGUAUGGACCAGUUGGAGCAGGAAAGUCCAGCACCAUAAACACCAUCAGAUCCAUUUUUGAAGGACGUCAGUUUGUCAACUGUCUGGCUGCUGCAUUAUCUACUACGAGUCACACUAAAAAAUAUGAGCAAUUUACAUAUGAAAAUGAAGAAGGAUCAUUCCCUUUUACCUUCAGUGAUAUAAUGGGUGCAGAAGCAGGAGGUGGAGUCCAAACUGAAGAUAUCAUCCUUGCUUUAAAAGGUCAUAUGAAAGAGGGUUACCUGUUUAACUCUGCAGCACCACUGUCUGAAAGCAAUCUUUACUACAACCAAAAUCCCAGCCUGAGUGAUCAGAUGCACUGCCUGGUGUUUAUCAUACCAGCUGACAAGCUUUCGAUGAUGGACAAAGAUUUACUUGAAAAAUUGAAGUAUGUCAGAGAAAUAGCAAGCAGAAUGGGUAUCCCUCAAUUGGUUUUCAUGACAAGAGUCGACUGCGCAUGUCAAUUGACGAAGGAGAACUUGAGAAAUAUCUACAAAAGCAAAAGGAUCAAACAAAAAAUGGAUGAAUGCAGUCAUGUACUGGGUGUGCCUGUGAACUGUAUCUUCCCUGUCUUGAACUAUCACGAGGAGACCCAUAUGAAUGAGGACAUAAACUGCCUGAUGCUGGAUGCUUUAAUACAGAUUAUCAACUGGGCAAAUGAUUAUGUGGUCAAAAGUUCCAAAAACCAAAUUUCACAUCAACAACCAAAAUGUGAAUAAAGAGAUUUCACACAAAACAUGAAAAGCAGAAUGACAAAUAGUUCUGCAUAUCUGAUGGCUAAUUGUUAUUCAAAUUCACUGAAUUCUUAAUCUAGUUUAAUCAUGCAACACAUUUUAAAGCAUGAAACUUACAGUAUAUUUGUGUUCUUAUCCAGAUUUUAUUUUUUUUAAGAUUCACUGUUUUUUAUUUAAGAACAAGAUCCCAAGAUGGGAAACAGUAACAUUACAAAGUCAGUGAUCAACCCCCACCCCCAACCUUAGAUACACAUCACAUGACCCAAUAAGUCAUAAAUGAAAUAAAAGAAAGAGUUGACUAACAAUAGUCAAAGCAUGAUAUUUACCUUAUGCUAUAAUGACAUCAAAUAUCAAAAUGGAAGAAGGAAAGGAAAAAAAAAAAAGGCAUGUGAGAUUUCAUUGUGCAUGAUUCGCCAAUAAGUCUGUAACUCCCUCUGCCGUUUUUUCCCACAUUUGUAUUGUUGAGACUCUUGCCCCAUGGAUUCUUGCCGUGGAUAAUUCCAUCAUUAUAACAUCUUGAAAAUACAACAGCCACUUUUUAAUAGGAAGUUUGUGUGGGGGAAGCCACCUCUGAACAAUGAGUUUUUUCGCUGCUGUUAGGCCUGCAAGCCACACUUUUCGUUGUCUCUCUGUACAUUCAAACUGUGAGUCAUCAUUCAGUAACAACAAGCUUGGUAGUAAAGGAAUAUCCAAUUCUAAUAAUUCAGACAAAAUAAAAGUUACCUCUUUCCAAAAGAACUGAACUUCCUCACAAUCCCAAACCAUAUGUUUAUAUCUACCUGGAAUAUCUUUAUUACAUAGACUACAGCAUAGACUCUUCGUGUGCUUCGCAUGGAACCUAUCAAUGGGUGUCCAGUAUGCCCUGUGACAAAACUUGAAAUGAAUCAGCUGAUGAUUAGGGUUCUUUGAUGCACUGAAAAUAUUAUCCCAUACCCCUUUCCAAUCUAUAGAGUCUGUCUCUAAAUCGCUUUCCCACUUAGCUUCUAUUGAAAUGGUAAAGUAGGACAAUUCUAAGAGCCAUCUGUAUGAAAAGGUGACAAAUCCUCUGUAGGGAGAGAUCAGUAAUUUAUAAAUAACCGGGUGAAUUUGCACAUUUGAAUCCCAUGGUACCCCAUAGGCACAUAAUGCUGACCGCAACUGAAGAUAGAGGAAAAAUGAAGAUUUAGGAAUAUCAAAAAGUUGACAAAGAUUUUGAAAACUCAUCAGUCCAUCCCUGUUAUAUAUAUCACCCAGUGUAUGAAUACCACAAGAAACCCAUGACUGAGAUUGAAAAGGCAUCUUUCCAGAAGUCAGACCAUGAUUAUUCCAGAGAGGAGUGUGUGUGUUUGCUUUCUUGUCAUAUCUAACCUGUUUUUCUAUUCUUCUGAAAUUUCUAAUUGUAUACUGUAUUAUAGGACCAAAGUCAAUAUAUUUAGUUUUAGACAAAGUGGAGAAUAACACAUCUUGGAGUCUUAUAGGAUGCACUAGGCCUUCUUCAAUCUCCCUCCAAGAGGUUAGUGACGAUGAAUCUAACCAAAUUUUCACCGGACGCAACUGGAAAGCUUGAUGAUAUAAUUUGAAAUUUGGCAGUGAGAGUCCCCCAUCAGACUUGUAACGUUGUAAAGUGGAGAAACGUAUUCUGGGGUGUUUCCCAUCCCAUAUAAACCUGCGUAAAAGCGCAUCUACUCUUUUCUAAUAGUCAGUCGGAGGUGGCAGUGGAAGCAUCAUGCUAAUAAAAUUUAUUCGAGGCAGGACAUUCAUUUUUAUUACAGAGAUUCUAGUUUGUAAGGAACCUGACAUUUUGCUCCAAGUGGCCAGAUCCCGCUGUACAUCUUUGAGUAUUUUUUCAUAGUUACACUUUAUCAGUUCAGGGAGUGAUGUCUUAACAUUUAUACCUAAAUAAGUUAGCUCUAAUUUUACAGGAAUCACUGAGGGUAUUGCAACGUUCUUGGCCAUGUUAUUGAGUGGCAUUAAAGCAGACUUGUCCCAGUUGAUUUUAUAACCAGAUAUAGCCUCAAAUUCAUCAAAUACGGGGAGUAAACCAUUGAGUGAUUUCUGCAAAUCUGACAUAUAUAAGAUAAUAUCAUCCGCAAACAAGGAUAUCACAUGCCUUGACCCCUUGAUUUGGAUAGGUGUAAUAAUCUGAUAUUGUCUGAAAUACUGUGCUAACGGUUCAAUGGACAGAAGAAAUAAAGCAGGAGAAAGAGGUGAGCCUUGACGUGUACCUCUAGAAACUGAAAAUGGAUCAGAGUGUAGGCCAUUUGUGCAUACCAUCGCUGAGGGGUUUCUGUAUAGAACUUUAACCAUAUCAAUAAACUUGGAUCCCAACCCAAAUUUAUCCAUAACUACCCACAAAUAAUCCCAACUGAUUGUGUCAAACGCCUUAGCUGCGUCUAGUGACAGAGCUGCACAUGGGGAAUCCGCCUCAUGAGAAUGAUCAAUAAUAUGGAGCAAACGACGUAUAUUAUCUGCAGCUAAUCGUCCCUUCAUAAACCCUGUCUGAUCAAAAUGUAUGAGCUUUCCCAUAUAAUUAUCCAAUCUUGAGGCUAAUAUUUUGGAGUAUAACUUGAGAUCAGAGUUUAUUAAAGAAAUAGGCCUAUAAUUGCCACAUUCAGUAUGAUCUUUGCCUUUCUUUGGUAGCAGAGAUAUGAGUGCGGAAUUCAUAUGGUCAUGAAAAUAACCCUGGUCCACUGCUGCAUGUAUGGCCUCCAACAAUACUGGGCCUAGGCUGUCCCAAAACUGUAGUAACAACUCUGGAGGUAUACCAUCCGGCCCAGGUGUUUUUCCCCUGGUCAGACUUUUCACAGCUUUAAGGAGCUCUUCUAGAGAAAUAGGUUUACCCAAUUCUUCAGAGUCUGAAUGUUCCAAACAAGGGAUAUUUAUGGCAUCCAAAAACUUAUGGCAUCUGUCCAAUUCAAACGUUCCAGUAGAAGAAUACAAGUCCUGAUAAAACGACUUAAAUAAUUUAUUUAUUUAUUUCGGCUCAAAAACUAGUUCCCUUUCAGGAGAUCUAAUAGAAUUUAUGGAUGUAUACUUCUCACAUUGUUUUAAUUUCAAUGCAAGAAGUUUGCUAGGCCUGCUUCCGUGAAAAUAGUAUUUCUGUCUAACCCUAUGAAUGAGGAAUUCUGCUUUUCUUUGUAAUAAAUCAUUCAGUUCAUGUUUAGCUGCUGUUAAUCUGUGUUCUACUGACCGACUAUAGGUUUUUUUAAGUUGACCUUCAAGUAUAUCGCAUUGUUGUUCCAACAUUUUUACUCUCUGGGUUCUGACUUUAUUUAAGUGAGAUGAGAAGGAGAUACAGAAACUCCUUAUAAAUCCUUUUGUAGCCAUCCAAACAAAUAUAGGAUCAGAAACAGAAUCUCUGUUAAUGGCUAAAAAGUCAAGUAGUCCUGUUUUAAAUUCAGUGAGAAAUGUUU